UUUUUUCGACGUUACUAUAGAAAUCAUCGUUGGAAUCACGGACGAAAUUAUUUCGAUUGUUUCGAUUUCUUUGGAACUUUGAUGAUACUUGGAUCAAUAAUAUUGGGAAUAAUAUAUUGGUGGAAUGAGAUAAUUAACUUUGUUAAAAUUCAAAUAACUAUUUAUAAAUUUGCAAGAAGUCUACCUGGGCCAAGAGCAUUACCAUUGAUAGGAAAUGCUUUGUCUUUCAUAAAUACAGAUGAUACUGUCGAUAUACUAGCAGAAUGGAGUAGAAAAAUAUCAAAAACAUAUCGUGUUUAUUUUGGUCCAGUUUUAAAAAUUGUAUUGACUGAUCCAAGAGAUAUUGAGAUACUUUUUGCCAGUCCAAAUGGUGAAGAAAAAGAUUCACUGUAUGAUUUAAUGCGUACAAUUGUUAAAAAUUCAAUGAUUUAUCGUUCUCAUAAAAAAUUAGUAAUGCCAAUUGUUAAUGGUAAACCAUUAUCAAUAUUUGUCGAAAAAGGCAAUAAAUUUUCACGUAAAUUUGUUGAAGUAUUAAAUGAUAAAGUUGGAAAAGAAGAAUUUGAUAUGCAUCAUAUAAUGGCACCUUGUGUUUGUGAUUUAGUGUUUGAAACUUUAUAUGGAGUUCCUGGUGAAGCACAAAAUGGUAAACCAAAUAUUUUUGUAUAUGGAGUUGAAAAAUUACUGCAUAUUUUACAUCAAAGAAUGGUGACAUUUUGGCUUUAUCCAAAUUUUAUAUUUAAAUUUAGCAAAAUUGGAAAAUCAUGGUUUUCAAUUGGUAUUGAGCCAAAUGUACCAGUGGCACUUUGUGAUAAAAUUAUUGAUCAUAUUAUGAAGACAAAUUCUUGGACAGAUCGUGAACUUCAUGACGAAUUAACAACAAUAUUUAUUGGGUCACAUGAUACGAUGGUUGGUGUUGGUAGUUUUGUAUUUUUAAUGUUGGCAAUGUAUCCAGAAAUACAAGAUAAAGUUAGACAAGAAAUUGAAUCAAUUGCUGGCAAUGAAAUUGUCACUUAUGAUAUGUGCACUGAUAUGAAAUACAUGGACAUGGUUAUACGUGAAACAAUGAGACUAUUUCCAGCUGGACCAUUUCUUCCACGUAAAAUAACUGGAGAUAUUAAACUUGCUACUUGUACAAUACCAAAAGGAUGUUCAGUUAUUGUACUGGCUUAUGCAGUACACAGAGAUCCAGACUAUUGGCCUGAACCAAAUAAAUUUAAUCCAGAAAAUCAUACUGUUGAAAAUACCAAAGCCAGACAUCCAAGUGCAUUUUUACCAUUUUCUGGUGGAAUUAGAGCUUGUCCAGGCUAUAAAUAUGGAAUGGCACUUUUAAAAGUUAUCAUUACUGAUGUUGUUCGUAACUAUAAACUUUCAACAACAACAACAAUGGAAAGCAUCAAAUUAAAUGCUCAUAUAUCAGUCAGAAGUCGUAAUGGAAUUAAUAUAUCAAUUACAAAAAUUAAACCUUAGAUAUUUGUAAAGCAAAAAAAAAAAAAAAUGUAAAUGUUUUUACAUUUAAAAUAAAUUAACUUCCCAGUUAAAAAAAUCUCAUAUAGAAACCACAUUUACUAUACAUUUAAACUAUAUUUUUUAAGUUUAAGAAUAUUUCUUUGCACAUUUCUCCACGUUAGUAUUUUUCGGAGAAAAAAAUUUUCUCGUCAUUUCUCCGCAUGGGUCAACAUGGGAAAAAAUCGGAGUAAUCACGGAGAAAUUCAAAGUAAUCGUGAAAAAAUUUGCAAAAAUAUUUUCACAAAAGUUGUCACUACAAAAAAGUACAAAUACUAUACAUAGCUAAACGUGACUCCACUAAUGAAUAGCCCCUCGAUAAAAUCAUUAAACCAAGGACAUUUCGAAAUUAUUAUUAUCGAAAAAAAAAAAAAACAAAAAAUAAAAUGAUUAUUUCAGUCAUUAGUAGAAUCUGUUAUUUUAGUAUCAAUAUCUAAAAAUAAAAAGAUAGAUUUUUAUUUAAUCUCCCACCUGUUGUGUAAACUGAUGAUUUUUUCUUGACACGAAUUUAGUUAUAAAAAAACAUUCGACUCGAUAUAUAGAUUAACAGUUGAUCUAAAAAUAAAUAAAACAAACAGGAAAACAAUCAAAACAUACAAUGAAUAAAUAAAUUUUAAAUAAACAAUAAUUUUUUUAUCAAA